GCCAUUUUGCUUGUGUUUCUGUGUCGUGAGGGGAGGGAAAACAAAAUUUGCUGUUACACUUGAGUUAAAACUUGGCGUAUAUAUUUUGCGUGCGGGAAUUUUUAUUUUUAUAUAAGCCCUUCUUCUCUUUGAGGAGGAGGGUGUUUAAUUUGGCUUUAUUCGGCUGACUCUGAGGAGAGGUGUGCAUAACCCGCCAUGUACAUUAAACAGGUUAUUAUUCAGGGGUUUCGCAGCUACAGAGAUCAAACUGUGGUUGACCCCUUUAGCUCCAAACACAAUGUUAUAGUUGGAAGAAAUGGAUCAGGGAAGAGUAACUUCUUUUAUGCUAUCCAGUUUGUGCUCAGUGAUGAGUUCAGUCACCUUCGGCCAGAGCAACGUCUAGCUCUUCUUCAUGAAGGCACAGGCCCACGAGUCAUUUCCGCCUUCGUGGAAAUUAUAUUCGACAACUCCGACAACAGACUGCCGAUUGAUAAAGAGGAAGUGUCUCUACGCCGUGUCAUUGGUGCAAAAAAAGACCAGUACUUCUUAGACAAGAAGAUGGUCACAAAAAAUGAUGUGAUGAAUCUGUUGGAGAGCGCCGGGUUCUCUCGCAGUAACCCAUACUACAUCGUCAAGCAGGGAAAGAUCAACCAGAUGGCAACUGCGCCUGACUCUCAGCGUCUGAAGCUGCUCAGAGAGGUGGCCGGCACCAGAGUCUAUGAUGAACGCAAGGAGGAGAGUAUCUCGCUCAUGAAGGAAACGGAGGGUAAGAGAGAGAAGAUUAAUGAGUUGCUGAAGUACAUCGAGGAGCGUCUUCACACUCUGGAGGAUGAGAAAGAGGAACUGGCGCAGUACCAGAAAUGGGAUAAAAUGAGGAGAGCUCUGGAGUACACCAUUUAUAACCAGGAGCUCAAUGAGACCCGGGCCAAGCUUGAUGAGUUAUCCAGUAAGAGAGAGACCUGUGGAGACAAAUCUAGACAACUGCGAGAUGCUCAACAAGACGCCAGAGACAAAGUGGAGGAGACGGAGCGUGUGGUUAGGGAGCUGAAGUCUCGCAUAUCCGCCAUGAAGGAGGAGAAGGAACAGCUGAGUGCCGAACGACAGGAGCAGAUCAAACAGAGGACCAAACUGGAGCUCAAAGCCAAAGAUCUGCAGGACGAGCUGGCAGGAAACAGUGAACAGAGGAAACGGCUGCUGAAGGAGCGCCAGAAGCUCCUAGAGAAGAUUGAGGAAAAACAGAAGGAGCUACAAGAAACAGAACCCAAAUUUAACACUGUGAAAGAGAAAGAAGAGCGGGGAAUCGCCCGACUCGCUCAGGCCACGCAGGAGCGCACAGACCUGUACGCUAAACAGGGUCGAGGCAGCCAGUUCACCUCUAAAGAGGAGAGAGACAAAUGGAUCAAGAAAGAACUGAAGUCUUUGGAUCAGGCCAUCAGCGACAAAAAACGUCAGAUCGCUGCCAUCAACAAAGACCUUGAAGACACCGAGGCCAAUAAAGAGAGAAACCUGGAGCAGUACAGCAAACUAGACCAAGACCUGAAUGAAGUAAAAACCCGUGUGGAGGAGCUCGACAAAAAAUACUACGAAGUGAAGAACCGAAAGGAUGAACUUCAGAGCGAGAGAAACUACUUGUGGAGAGAGGAGAACGCAGAACAGCAAGCGCUGACAGCCAAACGUGAAGACCUGGAGAAGAAACAGCAGCUACUGCGGGCAGCCACCGGAAAGGCUAUUCUGAACGGUAUCGACAGUAUUAAUAAAGUAUUGGAACAUUUCCGCCGGAAGGGCAUCAACCAGCAUGUCAUCAACGGUUACCACGGCAUCGUCAUGAAUAACUUUGAGUGCGAGCCGGCCUUCUACACCUGCGUGGAGGUGACCGCUGGCACCAGGCUGUUUUAUCACAUCGUGGAGACGGACGAAGUGAGCACCAAGAUUCUCAUGGAGUUUAAUAAGAUGAAUUUGCCUGGUGAGGUCACAUUCCUGCCACUCAGCAAACUGGACGUCAGGGACACCGCUUACCCCGAGACCAACGAUGCGAUUCCCAUGAUCAGUAAGCUCCGCUACAGUACGAACUUUGACAAGGCCUUCAAACACGUGUUCGGCAAGACACUGAUCUGCCGCAGUAUGGAAGUGUCCACACAGCUGGCUAGAGCCUUCACCAUGGACUGCAUCACUUUGGAGGGUGAUCAGGUGAGUCAUCGCGGCGCUCUGACUGGUGGCUACUAUGACACACGCAAGUCUCGUCUAGAGCUGCAGAAGGACAUGAGGAAGGCAGAGGAAGAGCUUGGAGAACUGGAGGCCAAACUCAACGAGAACCUUCGGAGAAACAUUGAACGUAUCAAUAACGAAAUCGACCAGCUGAUGAAUCAGAUGCAGCAGAUCGAGACCCAGCAGAGGAAGUUCAAGGCGUCCCGAGACAGCAUACUGUCAGAGAUGAAGAUGCUGAAGGAGAAGAGACAGCAGUCAGAGAAAACCUUCAUGCCCAAGCAACGUAGUCUUCAGAGUUUGGAGGCCAGUCUACACGCUAUGGAGAGCACGCGUGAGUCUUUGAAGGCGGAGCUGGGCACAGACCUGCUCUCUCAGCUCAGUCUGGAGGACCAACGCAGGGUGGACGAUCUCAAUGAUGAGAUUAGACAGUUACAACAGGACAAUAGGCAGCUGCUGAACGAGAGAAUCAAACUGGAGGGAAUCAUGACCCGGGUGGAGACGUACCUCAACGAGAACCUGCGCAAGCGGCUUGACCAAGUUGAACAGGAACUGAACGAACUGAGAGAAACAGAGGGAGGAACCGUGCUCACAGCGACCACAUCAGAGUUGGAUGGCAUCAAUAAACGGAUCAAAGACACACUGGCUCGAUCCGAGGAUCUGGAUUCCCUCAUCGAUAAGACGGAGGUGGAGAUAAAGGACCACCAGAAGAGCAUGGAGCGCUGGAAGAACAUCGAGAAAGAGCAGAACGAUGCAAUCAACCAUGACACCAAGGAGCUGGAGAAGAUGACCAACAGACAGGGCAUGUUGCUGAAGAAGAAAGAAGAAUGCAUGAAGAAGAUCCGUGAGCUAGGCUCUCUGCCGCAAGAGGCCUUCGAGAAGUAUCAGACGCUCACCCUCAAACAGUUGUUCAGAAAGCUGGAGCAGUGUAACACAGAGCUCAAGAAAUACAGCCACGUCAAUAAAAAAGCCCUGGACCAGUUUGUCAACUUCUCGGAGCAGAAAGAGAAGCUGAUCAAGAGACAGGAGGAGUUAGACCGAGGCUACAAGUCUAUCAUGGAGCUCAUGAACGUCCUUGAGCUGCGCAAAUAUGAAGCUAUACAGCUCACCUUCAAACAGGUGUCAAAGAACUUCAGCGAGGUGUUUCAGAAAUUGGUGCCCGGCGGUAAAGCCACUCUGGUGAUGAAGAAGGGAGAUGCUGAAGGCAGUCAGUCUCAGGAUGAAGGUGAAGGGGCAGACAGCGAGAGAGGAUCUGCUUCCCAGAGCAGCGUGCCCAGUGUUGAUCAGUUCACUGGAGUGGGCAUCAGGGUGUCGUUCACAGGUAAACAAGGAGAGAUGAGAGAGAUGCAGCAGCUGUCUGGAGGUCAGAAGUCUCUGGUGGCGUUGGCGCUCAUUUUCGCCAUUCAGAAAUGUGACCCAGCUCCAUUCUACCUGUUUGAUGAAAUCGACCAGGCUCUGGAUGCUCAGCACAGAAAAGCAGUGUCAGACAUGAUCGUAGAGCUAGCCGGACACGCUCAGUUCAUCACCACAACCUUCAGACCUGAGCUGCUGGAGUCAGCUGACAAAUUCUAUGGCGUUAAAUUUAGAAACAAGGUGAGUCACAUCGAUGUGAUCUCAGCAGAGCAGGCGAAGGACUUUGUGGAGGACGACACCACUCAUGGCUGAAAAGAAAAAUGAAGAACACGCCUCCAUCACUCGUUUCCUCUUAGCCUCCAUCUUUUCUGCGGUUUCGUUUUUUUAAAAAGUCGAAAUGAAUGCAAAAAAAAAUGCGGUCGGAUUCUGAACCGAUUUUGUCAGUUAAUUGUUGUUUAACAAUUAUUUUGUAUUUUCUCCUGUUUGUUGAUUUAUACAUUUCAAAGUUGAACACCGACAAGUUUUCACGAUUUGGAUGCAUAUUUACGCUUGCUUCAGCCUGAGUUAUUUAAACGGACGUGCGUUCGAUCACGCCAAGUUAAACAUCAGUAAUAAACGAGCUGCGGUUUGCUUCAGGGAUGCUGUCAAGACGUCUCUCUCACUCACUACUAAACCAGCAUGAAUAUGUUCAACCGUUAAUAUUUUUUAAAGCGCUAUACAAAACGUUUGGUUUUGUAGGUUUUCUGAAUGAGGUUCAAUAUUUUUUUUAUCAUUUAUUGUUGACUAUACCUUUGCAUUCAUUCUUUUAGGUCAUUGUGAUAUAUAGUCAGUCAUUUAAUGUGUUUUCUGUUACCUAAAAACUACAAUAAAGUUACCCACAA